AUGGCAGAUGAGAUCGAUGCAAUAGCAAAAGCCAAGGAGUUUGCCUGUGCGGCCAGCACGCCAGAAGAGGUGCUGCAGCAGCUGAAAAUGUGGGAGGGCUGGGGUAGGUACCACAGCUCAAUCGCACUGGGCCCGGAUCAGGAAAUACUUCUACCUGUGCGGGAGGAGCCUGACCCAGACACGGUUGGCUUCGCAUAUCCGCUACCUCCUUUGGAGUUUAACCUGCGGAACAGCAGGAAGUACCCACCUCCAACAGAGGAGGCAGCGUUCCGGGAGAUGUUCAAGCUCCUCCACUAUGUCUGCCGAGAGAAGCUAUUUACCCGAAACUAUGUCCUGAGUGUAAUCUACGACUGGGUCAAUAGCAAUCGGCGAGAUAGCCCAAUUUGGCAACGUGGGUUCCUCACUGCUGGGGGUGCACAGAAGCUAAUUGAAUUCUGGCACGAAGAGGGGGCGGAUCAGGAGCUGGAUGAUGAGUACUCGGUUCGAUACUGGGUUCUAGCACUCAUCGGGCGGAUGAUGGGCACAUUGCAAGAGUCACGCACUCAUUUGAUCAAAGAGGGCUUAGUGAGCCUGAUUCUUGAGGUCCGCAGCCAGUGGCAUGUCUCGCAUGCACGUGCCGCGAGCUGCUACAACAGCUGCGAGAUCCAAGGUGCCUCGUCAUCUGCCCUGCUGGCACUGGCACAACGGCUUAGCCUUGACCAAUUGCGCAGCCUUCGCUUGGACAUCCUCAAUGAAAGCGGAAAGCUCCCCGAGAGGUUGGUGAACCAACUUUUGAGCAGCUUGGGCGAUGCACUGGCAGCUGCCAAGAAAGCUUUGCCACUUCCGCUGGAGGACCUGUCUGUGGUGCUGGCAUCUUUCUCAAAUAGUGUUACACCAUUGAGGCCGAGUAGUGCAGCUUUGGCAGCGCUUUUGCGAGGGCUUGCUUCUUUAAGAUUGCGACGGCUGGAGCUCAGUUAUCUUCCCCUGACUCGCAAAGCAAUCCACCAAGAGGUGGAGAGCGGGACACAGCAGACCCUUCUAUCAGUGCUAACCAGCCUGAACUGCCUCAAAGAGCUUACCCUGACACACAAUGGCAUGUAUGGAGAAGUGGCAAAAGAGCUGGUUGAGGCUGUCCGGGAUCUACCGCAUCUGCAAGUACUUGACCUUUCACGAAACCGGAUUGCGAACAAGGAGUUCAAAGAGAUUGCAGAGACUCUUGGCAGCUACCUGUUUGCAUCAGAUUGUGCAAUCAAAGGGAACGGGAGCCACUUAGGGGCCCAGUCAGACACGGCGGCUGUAAGCGAGGGAAAGGUCCUAAAGUAGCAAAAUUCCUUGACAGGUAAGUUCCGUCCAGAUGAGCGGUGUAUGGACUUCCUCACUUUAUCGCGAGCAAGGUGCAGUGGUGCUGACAGGCUUCGACUCGCAGACGCAUCUUUAGUCUUAAUUCUUAACGUCUUGGAAGCCCUGGAUGAACAGUCCUUUCAUUGGCGUUCUCAAUCGAAGUGCUUCCAGGCCGUUAAGGGCACCAAGUGUCCUAAAAUACUGCAGGUGGGAACUUCCUCCUUCUUCCUUUCAGACUCUUGGGUAGCACUUGUCCUAAACGUUUG